GUUACCAAAUUAUAUAAUCUAACAAUAAUCUUUUUCAAUCAUCUACUUCGUAUUAUUUAUAGCAUACUCUAUUUAUUGUCCACAAGCAAGCACAAUCUAUUUAUAUAAACAACCAUUAUAAUCAUCCUUUUAAACCAAACCCAACAUAAAAGUUACACAAUACAAAUCAAAGGCAGUUAGUUGAACACACAAACUAAAAAAGUUGCACUAACAUGGAGCAAAAAGAUGAAGACCCACCUCCUUUUUGGAUGCAGAACACCACCGCCCUCCGCCGUGCGGACCGCCACCGCCAUAGACGCAACCAAUUGGCAUCGAGCUUAUUUCUCAACACUGGUGUUCUUGUUGUACUGUUGCUGGCAGCAGCUGUUGUAUUCCUAGCUAUAGUGAUCCCUUCUGUAUUGUCUCUUGCUCGAUCGAUCUUCAAUCCGAGCUUAGUGAAGAGUAGUUGGAACUCUCUGAAUCUGAUUCUUGUUCUGUUUGCGAUUGUUUGUGGGUUUUUGGGAAGGAAGGAUGAUGAUCAAAGUACACCAGUUAGCAGUCCUAUGAAACAGGAAGCUGUUAAGUCUGUUGAAUCAUCUAGUCCACGUCAGUGGUAUGAAUAUCAACAAGAUAGUAUGAGGAGGUUAAGAAGGAACAGUAGUUCGUACCCGGAUCUCCGGCAAGAGGGACAGUGGUUGGUGAGUGAGAAUAGGUGGCGGUCGUAUGAUGAUACUCAUGUAUAUAAUCAUCAGUUUCAGAGAUCUGAGAGUCGUAUUAGUCGUAGCAGAUCUAUGGGAGUGUUGGAUGAAGAUGAGAUUGAUGUUAAAAACAUUGGGGUUGAUACUUUUGUAGGUGGUGGAAUAGAGGUUGCACCACCAUCGAGAACACCAACACCAACACCACCACCAGCUUCUCAAAAUAAUGUUCAUGUUAGAUCCAAACAAGUAGCUGAUGAGGAUGAGGAUCAAUAUGUUACCAAAAAUAUUGAGAUGGUUACCAAAUCUGAAUCAAUUCCACCAUCUGUCCAUCAAUCAAUUCCACCAUCACCACCAUUGUCACCGCUAUCUCCAAUAUCACCGACCUCGUAUUUCUGGCCAUCACCAUCGCCACUGCCCCCACCUCCACCACCGCCGCCCCAGCGAGCACAUUCAUCAAUGUCAGUUAAAAAGAAGCAUGAAAGUAAGCGGGACAGCCCAAUAAGAAGGAAACCCAAAUCAAAAGUUGAAAAGCAAAUGCCAACAUCAGCAUUUCUACAGCAACCAUUAUCACCACCCUCUCCAUUAUAUCCAACCAAUGACUUUUGGCCACCACCAUCACCCCCGCCGCCACCACCCCCACCCCCGCCACGAAAUGCAUUUAAAUAUCAACCAUCGUCACCACCAUCACCAUUGUAUCCAACCAAUGACUUUUGGCCACCACCAUCACCCCCUCCGCCGCCGCCGCCCCCACCCCCGCCACGAAAUGCAUUUAAAUAUCAACCAUCAUCACCACCAUCCCCAUUAUAUCCAACCAAUGACUUUUGGCCACCACCAUCACCAUCACCCCCGCCGCCACCACCCCCACCCCCGCCACGAAAUGCAUUUAAAUAUCAACCAUCGUCACCACCAUCACCAUUAUCACCAAUCAAUUAUUUCUGGCCAUCACCAUCACCACCGCCGCCGCCACCUCCACCACCACCACCUCCACGAACACAUUCAUCAAUGUCAGCUAAAAAGAAGCAUGAAAAUAACAACCCGGGAAAGAGGGAAUCUAGAUCAAAGGUUCCAAUUCAAGCACCGCCACCACCACCUCCACCGCCCCCACCUCAGUCACGGCCAAUAAGAGGCCAGUUCUCAGAAGACACCAGAGAUAAAAAGAGAGGGAUUGUAGUUAGAACCCUCAGCCGUCUUCCAAGAAGGAAAAGGAAGCAGGCAAGGAGGAGUUAUGAGAAUUUAACAGAAAUUAUCCAACCUCCAAAAACAUCAAUUCAACGUUCAAAGUCCACUCCAGAAUUCCCACCAGCAUCUCCUCCACACCCGCCACCACCACCGCCUCCUCCACCACCUUCCAUGUUCCAAAAUAUUUUCACCAAAAAGGGAAAGGGUAAGAGGAAAGUACAUUCCCAUUUCACUACCACUUCAUCCCCUCGACAUGUGCCAUCACCACCUGCUAGGCCGCAACAACACCAAUACCAAAGCCAUAGGCCGUCACCUAAGACUACAACCACGCCACCAGCUACCAGAAGAACAGUCCCACUCCCACCAGCUAAAACAGAUAGCUUCAGCAGCAUGGCUGGAAACAAUGGUAAUGGCAGUGAGUCACCAUUGAUCCCAAUACCACCACCACCACCUCCGCCGCCAUUUAAGAUGUCAGCAUGGAGGUUUGUCACACAAGGGGAUUACGUGAAGAUAGAGAGCAACAAUAACAGUCCACGCAGUUUCGGCUUUUCAGCAUCAGAGGACGAGGACAGUUCACCAAACAAUCAGAAAAGUAGCAACUUGUUUUGUCCAAGUCCAGAUGUGGAUACUAAAGCUGAUGACUUUAUUGCCAAAUUCAGAGCCAGACUGAAACUUGAUAAGAUGAAUUCAAUUAAGCGGAAUCAUGGGACUGGUCCUUCACCACUGGGAUCCGAUUCAGGCCAACCCUGAUCCAAGAUCAAUGCCAUGGCAGUCCAAAAUCAGAAUGAAGUCAGUAUAUUUUUCUCAAGUAUCAAAACAGGGAUUCUUUUUUUCUUUUUAAAUUAUUCCUUCAUUUAUUCUUUGGGGUGAGCUUUUUUUGUUUUUUUUGUUUUGGCUGAUACGAGAAGUGUAGAUGUUGUUGAUAGACUAGAAUGAUACCAUAAGUCCAUAAUACUCAGCAUACUCAUAUGCGGAAAGUACACACAGAUAUGGAACCUUUUUUUUUGUCCUUCAAUUCUAGUACUAGUUUUGUUUUGUUUCCGGGCAUAUCAUGAUCUGCUUCUACUUUAAUAAAGGAUAUCUACUAGAAGUUGUUGUAUAAAAAAACAUGAGAUAAGGAUAUUUUUAUUUGUAUUA